AUGGAAGAAAAUCAACAAAGGCAUUUUGUUCUCGUACAUGGUGCAUGCCAUGGUGCUUGGUGCUGGUACAAGCUACAACCACUGUUAGAGGCGGCCGGUCACCGCGUCACGGUAUUUGAUCUCUCAGCCUCCGGCAUCGACCCGAAAAGCCUAGAUGAGCUUCGCACAUUUCCCGACUAUACACAGCCACUGUUUAAGGUAAUGGAGUCGAUUCCACAAGACGAAAAGGUAGUACUAGUUGGACAUAGUCUUGGUGGCUUGAACUUGGCUUUUGCAAUGGAGAAAUACCCUGAAAAGAUUUCUGUGGCUGUUUUUCUUGCGGCUAUAAUGCCUGACACUAUACAUAGGCCAUCCUAUGUUCUGGAAGAGUACCUUGCACGGACUCCGACGGAAAAUUUUUUGGACACUCAAUUCGCACCGUUUGGUAGGCCCGAAGAUAAUCUCGAAUCAAUAUUCUUUGGUCCGCAGUUCACAUCAUCCAGGCUAUAUCAAGAAUCCCCACCUGAGGACAUUGCAUUAGCAAACUCAUUGAUGAGGCCGUCCUCCUUUUUUAUGGAAGAUUUGUCAAAUACGAGCCCAUUUUCCGAUGAAAAGUAUGGAUCAGUAAAGCGUGCUUUUGUCGUAACUGGCAAAGAUAAAUCUGAAUCACAAGAGUUCCAGCAGUGGCAAAUUGAAAAUAUUGGAGUGGCAAUAGUGAAAGAGAUAGCAGACGCUGACCACAUGGCAAUGAUUUCAAAGCCCAGCAACCUUUGCCAAUGUUUACUGGAAAUAGCCAAAUAA